GUGUGUGUGUGCGCGCGCGAGGGGUGUUGGGAGCUGCAGCUGAGGCAGCGACAGAAGACGAAGAUCCACAGCUUGACCGGCUGCUUCCUCUCAGGCCCGCAUGAUGCGAAGUUUGUUGUCAGUGACGCUGCUCCUGGUCCUGGUCCUGGUCCUGACGGCCGAGGCCAACAAGAGAUCCAAAAAUCACAGAGGUGGUAAACAUGAUAAGUCUCGACCCAUUUCCGAGUGCUCCCCUGCAGAGACGAAAUACGGGAAAUGUGUCCCAGAUCACGGAGACUGUGGGGACGGUCUGAGAGAGGCCACCUGCAAAGAUCGCACCGACAAGAUCCACUGCAAGAUCCCCUGCAACUGGAAGAAGGACAUCAGUGACUGCAAAUACAAGUUCGGAUCGUGGAGUUCCUGCGACGCCGCCACCAACACCAAGACCCGGUCCGGAACCCUGAAGCGAGCCCUGUUCAAUGCUGAGUGUCAGACCACCGUCAAGGUGUCCAAACCCUGCUCCUCCAAAGUCAAGAAGACCAGAGGAGAGAAGAAGUCCAACUGAAGGAUGAAACGUGAAGCAGAUGAUGGACAGAUCUCUUCCUCCAGAUGAACGAUCGUCCUCCCUCCUUCAAACACAAAAAACAAGACUCCAAAACCCGCCGCCCUCUGCCAUUUGGUUCUGAUGUUUGUUCUGGUUCUAAUUUGUUGUUUAUUUGGGUUUAAGCCUAAAGCUUUUUAGAUGAUGAGAGUAACGCGCCUGCAGUAGUCGAUAGUUUAACAUUUAACAGCUAGUCUUAAUGUAGCUCAGAAAAUUAACGCCCAGGAAGCAGCGCCGUCUUCCUCCAGCUUGCUUCUGAAGUAUUUCUGGAUCUCCAGAUUAUUGAUGACUCGUGUACAAAUGAACAAAUUAAAGACUGUACAUUGUUUUGGUGAA